UGCACUAAAAAAAACUCUUUAUCAAGCCAAUCGUAGUUUCGAACAGGCCCAGGAGGGGACAACUGGAUGGUGUAGGAUGGGCCAGACAAAUUCGAACGGACCACCCCGAAAAAUUCCUGUGGUUUUUCGAUUGUUCGAAUUUGAUCUAGGAUUCCCGGAGCAGAAAAAGGAAGUAGUCUAGCUAAUUACAUCCGCUUUACGAUCAAAUUCGCGACUCCAUUGAUACUCUAUUAAUUUGUAUGGCGACAAUGAAGAACACUUCGACGAUACUUUCAUUUCUUGGCUUGUUUUGUAUCAUUUAUGGUUUUGUAGAAGAAGAAGCAAUAACUGGAAUUUGUAAAAUUCCUAGUGAAUAUGCCCGUAGAAUUACCAACUGUACUUUAUCCAGAAGCUCGAAAGGUAUUGUUGAGUUAACUGAUGGUAUAUUUCGUUGCGUACUGAAGAGUUAUUCGUAUAAAACUAAAGAUUUUUCUGUUUAUAAAUAUAUUUGUUCAACCAAAGUAAAAAUGAACAUAAAGGUUAGAAACUGUAUGGAUGCUCUUCCAAAGAAUAUACUUCAAUUAAGCGAAGAAGAUGAGAAUGAUUUGUCGGAGAAUUUUAAGUUCUGUGUGAUAAAUGCAUAAAAAAAGGAUAAUUAUGUACGAAAAAUAAUUAAAUUUUGAAUGGAAAAUAAUCAUAAAAUUUUAUCAAAAUUAAUUAC